GUCGAGACAAACACCGAACAUCGAUGCUGAUGCUGAACAGAAACAGAAACCGAAAUAGAAACCGAAACCGAAAUAGAAGCGUACCAAAAAUUGGAACAUGUUAGACGACGGCGGUUGUGUUGUCAAUGAUUGUUAUGCAAUGGCCAAAUCGAUAACAACACCAACAACAAUCACAACGAUACACACACGCAAAGGCGCAACAACAACAAUCACAUUUGUGCUGCUUUUAAUUUUAUGCUGUUUAUGUGAUUACAAUUAUGGCAGCUGGGCCUCGCAGUGCUGGAAGAAGCACAAUUCGGGCUCAAUACAAACGCCGGAUGGUGAAUUCAAGCGGCCAUUUGGCAUACUCUGCACAUAUCGCUGCUUCCUAUGGUUUCCGCCAAUCUAUCCGUACUGCGAGUUCAUAUUCGAUUUGCGCUUAUCGAGGCACUUCACUUCGUUUCCGGAUUGCUACGAGAUACGAUGUAAUGAGACGUUCACCUUCUUUGGCAGCGAGCAGCAGAACUACUGAAUGAGCUUCGACCAAGUAUAUAUAUUCUCAAAGAAUAUAUAACAAAAAGAAAACGUAUGCAGAACGUUUUUCAAAUAUAAUCUAAGACUAUUAUCGAUAAAUUGCUCAACAAAGUGUUGUCGAUAGUUUUUCAGCACUAUUCUAUUCUAUAUAAUAUGAUUUUUUUUUUGUUUUUUUUUUUUCU